AUGUCGUCUGUCAGACUUAAUGAAAAUGUAAUGCAUAAAAUAAAGCUAUUUGGAAUUAAACGGCGCUAUCGUGGUCACAGAUCAAGACGAAGGAAACCGAAACAAAAAGACUGGAACACGGGAGUUCAUUUAGAUUUGUUAAGACCUCUUAGCAGAAGGCUAAUUGAUUACUCAAUAGACAGAAAUUUCUCAUUCGCGGUUGUGAACACGCAAUCAAUAUGUAAUAAAGUCGAGGAAUUCAUUCAUCACAUUAUAGAAAACAAACUAGAUAUUUGUUGUGUUACUGAAACUUGGUUAAACGACAGUAAUCCGAAACACAUAAUUGUGAGAUCUGAUCUAAAUAUAACUGGAUAUACCUUUAUUGAUGUACCCCGAAAAUCCCGAUCUGGUGGCGGAACUGGAAUUCUAUUUAGAGACACACUUCAAAUCAAAGUAACUGACUCUUGUCAAAAAGAUUCAUUCGAACACUCUUUGUUUGAACUAGCUUUUAAUUCCACGACUAUACAUAUUUUGGUUGUAUAUCGUCCCCCAUACUCGAAAGCCAAUCCAGUGUCUACGGCGAAAUUCUUUGACGAAUUUAUACCCUUUCUUGAAGAAAUAUUGUCAACCCAUCGCACAGUUAUAAUUACAGGAGACUUUAACAUUCAUUAUAAUAAAACUAAUGACUUAGACACGAUCGCUCUAAAUGAAAUGUGCAAUGACAUGGGUUUAGUGCAACUUGUCAACUGCCAAACGCAUCGAUCUGGAAACAUACUUGACCUGAUCAUGAUCCGAAACAACGACAAAAUAGUGUUGUCCGAACCGACCGAAAAAUUUCAGAUAAGUGACCACUGUUUCAUUCAUACAUAUAUAUCUCUUCCUAAGCCUAAGGUAACAAGGGAAAUCAGAAAAGUUAGAAAACUAAAGGACAUAGAUGAAACGCAAUUUCAGGCGGAUCUAAUCCAAUUCAACGAAAGUGCCACCAAAUAUGAAAAUUUAGAAGAUACAGCAAAGUUUUACAAUUCCGAACUCAGAAAUAUUUUAGACAAACACGCUCCGGAAAAAGAGAAAAUAGUGACUAUUCGACCUUCCCUACCAUGGUUUACAGAAGAAUCGCGUCUCCUUAAAACACGUUGCAGGUCAGCGGAACGAAGAUGGAGAGGAAACAAGACCCCGGUUAAUGACCACGCCUUCCGAUGUGCUAAACGAGCCUACAGGAAAAAUCUCAGAUACAACAAGUAUCAGCAUAUUAACUCAAACAUAGCCGAAAGUGGAAAUGAUUCUUCAAAAAUGUAUAAAUUAAUAUUUGGGUUGAUUGGCAGAAAAAACUGCAAUCCUAUGCCACUUAACGCCAGCGACGCAUCACUGGCGGAGGAAUUCAGUUCCUUCUUUAUGGAUAAAAUUUUAGUCAUUCGCAAAAGUUUAGACGAUUUUGAAAAAUUUGACCCAAACCUCGGACUUAAAUGUACACAAGAAUUUAAUAUCUUUGAUCCAGUUUCAGAUGAGGAUGUUUUACGUGUGAUUAAAAGUUCAAAGCCCACUACCUGCCCAACUGACCCAAUCCCAUUACUACCUAGCUAUCAAAGUGCAUAUAGAAGAGGGUUCAGUACCAAAACAGCUCUCCUGAAACUGUCAUCAGACAUUCUGUGGAAAAUGGAAAAACAGGAAGUUACUGCCUUAGUCGCAUUGGAUCUCUCUGCUGCAUUCGACACAGUCGACCAUGCCAUACUUAGCAACGUGUUAGAAACUACUUUCGGAGUAUCUGAAGUGGCUCUUUAUUGGUUUCAAUCAUAUCUUUCGUUCAGGAAAGCCGAAGUGCAUAUCAACGCGUCUAAAUCACAGCCUAGAUGUCUGGACUUCUCGGUACCGCAAGGCAGUAUAUGCGGACCUGUGUUAUAUACCGUGUACGCGAGUACGCUACAACAUUACAUCAAAGACUCGGGUGUGUCAUUAUUGGGUUACGCAGAUGACCACUCUGCAUACGAUAGUUUUAAUCGGAAGAUUUUCGCUGAUGAGAAACGUGUAACAACAAAUUUAGAAAAAGUAUUGGUUACCAUCAAUGACUGGAUGAAUCUGAAUAGACUAAAACUUAACCCUAGUAAAACUGAAUUUGUACUAUUUGGCAGUCAACAGAUGUUAUCUCUAUCAUCUUCCAUUUCCCUUAAUGUAGUGGAUGCGGAUUCCCUUGUCACUAGCCAUUUAGAUUAUGCAAAUAGUGUCCUGUACGGAUUGCCAGAGUGUACCAUUAAAAGACUACAGUUGUUGCAAAAUCAUGCUGCAAAGCUUGUGUUGAAGCUGAGGUCUACGGAUAGUUCUACUGAAGCACUCAAACGACUACACUGGCUACCGCGCCAAUGA